AUGGAACUGAGAGGAGAGAAGCCAGCACAGGAGUACAUGCCAUCAAAGACAAGAGACCUUGAAGUUACAGAAGAUCUUAUUAGACGGAAUGCUGAGCACAACGACUGUGUAAUUUUUUCCCUGGAGGAACUCUCCUUGCAUCAGCAAGAAAUAGAAAGGCUAGAACAUAUUGACAAAUGGUGCCGGGACUUAAAAAUUCUCUAUCUUCAAAAUAACCUCAUUGGGAAAAUUGAAAAUGUUAGCAAACUGAAGAAACUUGAAUAUUUGAACUUAGCCUUGAACAACAUUGAAAGAAUUGAAAACUUGGAAGGAUGUGAGUGGCUGACAAAACUUGACUUGACUGUAAAUUUCAUUGGAGAGCUGAGCAGCGUUAAAACCCUGACACACAAUAUUCAUCUGAAGGAGCUGUUCCUCAUGGGUAACCCAUGUGCUGACUUCGAUGGCUACAGGCAGUUUGUGGUGGUGACCUUACAACAGUUAAAGUGGUUGGAUGGCAAAGAAAUAGAGCGUUCCGAAAGGAUCCAGGCACUGCAGAACUACGCAGCAGUUGAACAGCAAAUCAGAGAGCAGGAGAAAGCUUACUGCCUUAGACGAGCCAAAGAGAAAGAGGAAGCUCAGAGGAAACUCAAUGAAGAAAAGGAAACUGAAGACAAGAAGAACAGCCCAGGCUUUGACGGGCGUUGGUACACAGAUAUUCACACUGCUUGCCCAUCUGCCUUAGAGAACAAAGACCAUCUCCAGGUACCAGAAAUGCAUGAAGAACAACACAGCACAAACAAAUCAGAUGAAAUUGAAGAUGAUCUGGCAUUCUGGAACAAACCAUCUUUGUUCACCCCUGAAUCUAGACUGGAAACUCUCAGACACAUGGAAAAACAACGUCAAGCCCAAGAUAAGUUAAGUGAAAAGAAAAAGAAAGUGAAACCACCCCGGACAUUGAUUACAGAAGAUGGGAAGGCCCUGAAUGUCAACGAAGCCAAACUUGAUUUCUCUUUGAAAGAUGAUGAGAAACACAACCAGAUCAUCCUGGACCUGGCUGUCUAUAGGUACAUGGAUACCUCUUUAAUUGAGGUUGAUGUUCAGCCAACUUAUGUUCGAGUUAUGGUCAAAGGAAAGCCAUUUCAACUUGCCCUUUCUACAGAGGUCCAGCCUGACAGCAGCUCUGCUAAGAGGUCUCAGACAACAGGACAUUUGCUGAUCUGUAUGCCCAAGGUAGGAGAAAUGAUCACAGGAGGUCAGCGCACACCCAUGUCUGUGAAAACCACCUCGGAUAGAAGCAGGGAGCAAACCCCAUCAAACCCCAGAAGAAAGAGGAUAGAAAGAUUAGAAGUGGAUCCCACUAAGCAUUCCUGCCCCGAUGUGUCUACCAUAGUACAAGAGAAAAAACACAAACCCAAAAGAAUGGAAUCUCAACCCGGAGCUGAACCCAGUGAAGAAGAUCCCGAUUUUGAGGAUAACCCAGAAGUGCCUCCACUAAUUUGA